AGAGAAGUCAUUCAGAAUUCAAAAGAAGUUCUGAGCUUACUGCAAGAAAAAAACCCUGCCUUUAAACCUGUUCUUGCUAUUAUUCAGGUAGGUGAUGACAACUUGAUGCAGGAAGUCAACCAGAAUUUGGCUGAGGAGGCUGGUCUGAACAUCACCCACAUUUGCCUUCCUCCCGACAGCGGUGAAGAGGAGAUUAUAGAUGAAAUCUUGAAGAUUAAUGAAGACAUCAGAGUACAUGGUCUGGCCCUUCAGAUUUCUGAGAAGUCAUUUAGCAACAAAAUCCUUAAUGCCUUGAAACCAGAAAAGGAUGUGGAUGGAGUAACAGACAUAAACCUGGGGAAGCUGGUGCGUGGAGACGCCCACGAAUGCUUUGUUUCACCUGUUGCCAAAGCUGUACUUGAACUUCUUGAAAAAUCAGAUGUCAACUUAGAUGGCAAGAAGAUCUUAAUCAUAGGGGCCCAUGGGGCCUUGGAAGCUGCCCUCCAGUGCCUGUUCCAAAGAAAAGGGUCCAUGACAAUGAGCUCCCAGUGGAAAAUGCCUCAGCUUCAAAGCAAGCUCCAAGAGGCUGACGUUGUGGUCUUAGGCUCACCUAGGCCAGAAGAGAUUCCUCUUACUUGGAUCCAUCCAGGAACUACUGUUCUCAACUGCUCCCUUGACUUCCUGUCAGGGAAGGUUGGACAAGGUUCCCCUGGGGUGCAUUUCAGUGGACUAAUUGAAGAUGAUGUGAGUCUUCUUGCUGCUGCUCUGAGGAUUCAGAACAUGGUGAGCAGUGGCAGGAGAUGGCUUCGUGAACAGCAACACAGGCGGUGGCGACUCCACUGCUUGAAGCUUCAGCCUCUCUCCCCGGUGCCAAGUGAUAUCGAGAUUUCAAGAGGCCAGACUCCAAAAGCUGUGGAUGUUCUUGCCAAGGAGAUAGGAUUGCUUGCAGAUGAAAUUGAAAUCUACGGCAAGAGCAAGGCCAAAGUACGUUUGUCCCUGCUUGAAAGGUUAAAGGAUCAAGCAGAUGGAAAAUACGUCUUAGUCGCUGGUAUCACGCCCACCCCUCUUGGAGAAGGAAAGAGCACGGUUACGAUCGGGCUUGUGCAGGCCCUGACCGCACACCUGAAUGUCAACUCCUUCGCCUGUCUGAGGCAACCUUCCCAAGGACCGACCUUUGGAGUGAAAGGAGGAGCUGCGGGUGGUGGAUAUGCUCAGGUCAUCCCCAUGGAGGAGUUCAACCUUCACUUGACUGGAGACAUCCAUGCCAUCACUGCUGCCAAUAACUUGCUGGCUGCUGCCAUUGACACGAGGAUUCUGCAUGAAAACACUCAAACAGAUAAGGCUCUAUAUAACCGGCUGGUUCCUUCAGUGAAUGGAGUCAGAGCAUUUUCAGAAAUUCAGCUUGCUCGGCUAAAAAAACUGGGAAUAAACAAGACUGACCCGAGCUCCCUGACAGAAGAGGAGAUGAGGAAAUUUGCCCGGCUCAAUAUCGACCCAUCCACUAUCACAUGGCAGCGAGUGUUGGAUACAAAUGACAGAUUUCUACGAAAAAUAACGGUUGGGCAGGCAAGCACAGAAAAGGGCUGCUCCCGGCAGGCACAGUUCGACAUCGCGGUGGCCAGUGAGAUCAUGGCGGUGCUGGCCCUGACAGACAGCCUUGCAGACAUGAAGGCACGACUGGGAAGGAUGGUGGUGGCCAGUGACAAAAAUGGGCAGCCUGUGACAGCUGAAGACUUGGGAGUGGCAGGUGCUUUGACAGUUUUGAUGAAAGAUGCAAUAAAACCAAAUCUGAUGCAGACCUUAGAAGGGACGCCUGUGUUUGUGCACGCUGGUCCUUUCGCAAACAUCGCUCAUGGUAACUCUUCAGUACUGGCUGAUAAAAUUGCCCUGAAACUGGUCGGUGAAGAAGGAUUUGUAGUGAUGCCAAGUCCAGUGAAAGGCAAAGGGAAAGUGGGUCGCCCCACAGCUUCAAAAGCAUCAAAGGAAAAGACUCCUUCUCCCAAAGAAGAAGAUGAGGAACCAGAAAGCCCUCCAGAAAAGAAAACUUCUGCAAGCCCCCCACCUGAGAAAUCUGGGGAUGAAGGGUCUGAAGAUGAAGCGCAGUCUGGGGAGGAUUAA